AAAGAAAAACUAUGUUCAAAACAUCCGGCACUUCACAUCGGCAAUCCGCUGAACUGUCUUUUAUAAAACGGGAGAAAAUCUGCAGACGCUGGCAGACGUUUCCAAGCAACGCACACAACAAAAUGCUGGAGGAACUCAGCAGGCCAGGCAGCAUCUGAUGAUGGGUCUCGGUCCGGAACGUCGAUGAUACUCUCUUCCGUAGAUGCUGCCUGGCCUGCUGAGUUCCUCCAGAACUUUGUGUUAAUUACAAAACGAAUAGACUUCCCUUUGUCUUUUGGAACAGACUUCCGUGUUGUUCCCGGCGAUGACGUCGGCUGUCGCGCUCAGCGGUGCAAGGACGCCUGCGUCUGAAACUGAGAACAAAUACCGGAACACUCGGACUCGUCAAAUCCGGCUUCGGGAACGGAGCAGGUUCUCCAACAUGGCUCAGCCAGCAGAAAGAGCCUAUUACAGAUUCUUGUUACUAUUCUUCAACUGUCUGCCAGGGUUUGCUUCCUGCUUCUACUUUGGAAUUCCCAGUGUGCUUCAGGACAAGUUCCAGGGGAAUAUCACUUGUUUUAAUUCUACCAUGACUAAUGGGACAGCAGACUGUGUGGAAGGAUUGGGAAUGACCUCAGAGCAGUUCAACCUUCUCUUUGCUACCUAUGCAUGGACAAAUGCUGUGGUGGUGAUACUGGCUGGGUUCUUCACAGACAAGCUGGGAAAUUGCAUUGGAGUCAUCUUCUCCUACUUUAUUAUUAUGCUGGGCUCGGCUACCUUUGCUUUAGGAUCCCAUUUCAAAGGCACCAGUUACCUACUGCCAUUGAUGAUCAUUGGCCAGUUUCUCGCUGGCUCAAGCAGUGGGUCAUUCUAUCUUGUUCAGGACCGUAUUAUCGCUUUCUGGUUCAAAGAUAAGGAGUUGUCGUUGGCCUUUGGGCUGAAUUUGGCCUUCUCUCGUCUUGGCAGUGUCCUCAACUAUUUAUUAACCGAAUCUUUUGAAUCACGUUUUGGGCUGCAGUGGACUCUUUGGGCAGGAGCUUUGUUGUGUGUUCUUGGCUUUGUCUCAGCCCUCAUCGUUGGCAUCCUGGACAGAAGUGGGGCACAACAGCUGGGACUUGACGUUGUCCACCAGCAGGAAUCCAAAAAAGUGAGACUAAAGGAUAUUUGUCAUUUGUCUCUCCGCUACUGGCUGCUGGUUCUUACCAUCAUGUUCUUCUAUAAUGGAUUCUUUCCAUUUAUUGCUGAUGCUACCAAGUUCAUUCAGGAUAAGUAUUCUAGGUACAGUAAUCAGGAAGCCUCCUACAUCGCUGGUGCUGUGUUCGAUACCUCGCUGCUUCUACUACCCAUAGCUGGAAUCCUCACUGAUUACAUAGGAUUACGAGGAAUACUUGUCUCGAUGUGUGCUGGGUUGACAGUCCCUGUUUUUGCUCUUUUGGCAUUCACCUUCGUACCACCAGUGGUUUCAAUGAUAUGGCUGGGAGUCACCUAUUCAUUUGCUGUUACUAGCCUGUGGCCCUCUAUCAUUUUAGUGGUUCCUUCGGCAAACCUUGGAACAGCUUUAGGAAUCGCUACUUCAGUGCAAAUGAUUGGUGUUGGUGUUUGCAACUUGAUUGUUGGACGGAUACUUGGAACCAAAUUCAGUGAUCCGAAGAUCCCAGUGUGGCGCUGGCAGUGGAUGUUGAUCUUCAUGCUGGCCAACACCAUCUGCUGUUUCAUCACUUCCGUCAUUCUCAAUAUAGUGGACACAAGACAGGGUAACACAUUGAACAAAACCACCAAGCAGCUUGAGGCUACAAAAGAGGAAAACCAAACAGCUUCAGAGACAUCUCCUCUGUUAACAGACAGAGACAAUGACAACUGAGGAAUGCUUUAGCUGUUUUGAUUUGAGAGAGAAAAUGGACAAUUCUCCAGAUUAACUUUUUUAUUUUACUUUAUUGAAGUGUGAUUCUCCCAGUAUAAUCAAUUCUCACAUGAAAUUUCAAAAUCAACUUUUUUUUUUAGCUGAUCAGAGAACAAAUGAGCUGAUAGUGGACUUCAGGAAGCUGCUCACUCUCUCCACUUCUGAUCCCUCUAUGAGGAUUGGUAUGUGUUCCUUCGUCUUACCCUUCCUGAAGUCCACAAUCAGCUCUUUUAUCUUACUGACGUUGAGUGCCAGGUUGUUGCUGCGGCACCACUCCACUAUUUGGCAUAUCUCACUCCUGUAUGCCCUCUUGUCACCACCUGAGAUUCUACCAACAAUGGUUGUAUUGUCAGCAAGUUUAUAGAUAGUAUUUAAGCUAUGCCUAGCCACACAGUCAUGUGUAUAUAGAGAGUAGAACAGUGGGCUAAGCACACAUCCCUGAGGUGCACCAGUGUUGAUCAUCAGUGAGGAGGAUAUGUUAUCACCAAUCCACACAGAUUGUGGUCUUCCAGUUAGGAAGUCAAGGAUCCAAUUGCAGAGGGUGGUACAGAGGCCCAGGUUCUGCAACUUCUCAAUCAGGAUUGUGGGAAUGAUGGUAUUAAAUGCUGAGCUAUAGUGAAUGAACAACAUCCUGACAUUGGUGUUUGUGUUGUCCAGGUGGUCUAAAGCUGUGUGGACAACCAUUGAGAUUGCUUCUGUCGUUGACCUAAUCAAGUGAUAUGCAAAUUGCAAUGGGUCCAAGUCCUUGCUGAGGCAGGAGUUCCAUCUAGUCAUGAUCAAACUCUCAAAGAAUUUCAUCACCUUUGAUAUGAGUGCUACUGGGCAAUAGUCAUUAAGGCAGCCCACAUUAUAGGCACCGGUAUAAUUGUUCUUUUUGAAGUGGGAACUUCCACCCAUAGCAGUGAGAGGUUGAAAAUGUCCUUAACUACUCCCGCUAGCUGGUUGGCACAGCUUUUCAGAGCCUUACCAGGUACUCCAUCAGCACCUUCCACCUUGCGAGGGUUCAUUCUCUUUAAAGACAGCCUAACAUCAUCAUCUGAGGCAGAGAUCACAGGGUCAUCAGGUGCAGCAGGGAUCUUCACAGCUGUAGUUGUGUUCUCCCUUUCAAAGCAGCAUGCAUAGAAGGUGUUGAGUUCAUCUGGUAGUGAAGCAUCGCUGCCAUUCAUGCUAUUGGAUUUCUCUUUGUAGGAAGUAAUGUCUUGCAGCCCCUGCCAGAGUUGCCGUGCAUCCAAUGUUGCCUCCAACCUCGUUCGAAAUUGUCUCUUCAGUCUUGAAAUAGCCCUCUGCAAGUCAUACCUGGGUCACCAGACUUGAAUGCCAUAGAUCUAGCCUUCAGCAGACAACAUACCUCCUGGUUCAUUCAUGGCUUUUGUUGGGAAUGUACAGUAAGUCUUUGAGGGGACACACUCAUCCACAUCUAGGAGGGAGUCUAAGAUGCAAUUAAAGUCUCCACCUACCAUUAUGUUAGAGUCAGACAGAUUACGCAUGGCCUUAAAGAGGUUCUGAAAAAAAAACUGGAUCAAAGUUGGGCCUGUACGCAUUUACUAGUGUCAAUGGUGUAGAAUUUAAUAUUCCAUUUACUAUUACACAUCUG